AAUUAUCCUGGCACAGGCAACGCACUGAUAAUGCGUAACCAACAACAGAUGCAACAUGGCUUCGGCAAUCUCCGGCUACUUCUCCGCUGUAUUUUACUCCUUGCGGUUUGGCAUCAAUGUCGGGCCAUCAAUUACGAGUACAGGGAGUCAUGCAGCCAAGAUGCUGCAAUACCACCAGACAACUGCAGCAGCGGCUUUUACAUGAUCAUGGUGCGCGACUGUCCCAAAUACUUCUGCUUUCGGAAAUUGAAUGAGAUCUGCUACCCUGGCGAUGAUACCACUCGAUGUGCACCGGGUCAAGUGUGCAGCUGCAACAAGUGCAUGAACUGCAGCGGUGCCAUCUGUCAUAUGGAGCUAUGUCCAAAUAAUUAUCCUUACGUUUAUAAGAAACGUUUGUCGAACCGCUUGCUUCCCUGGAUAUAUCGCGGAAGAUUGCAGAACGUAUCGCAGAAAAUAGUAGAGCCCAACUAUGAUGAUUAAUCAACCACUUCGGCCCAAAUUGACAAGUAUUCGAAUACAUACAUACAUACAUAUUUAAAGUAUAAUUCAUAAAUAUUAAUAUAACUAGAAAAUUGAAGCAAGCAACAAAGAAAAACGUAUAAAAAAAAGCGAUUGAAGAACGGUAAAGUUUUUAAUCAACCAAUUUCGGAAAAAUAAAAUCUCAUAUUCGUGUGAUCUUUGCGAA